UCCCACAUCCAGCAUACAGCCUGCCGUCCCUAAUGAAAUCUCCUAUGCAAAUGCACCUUUCAAGGAGAGUCUGCCGUGCCUGUGUCUCCACCUCUUCACUUAUCACAACAAUCGCCUGAAUGGGCAGUGAGCUGAGCCCGGCCUGUCUCUCCGCUGAUAAGCGACAGAUAAUGAGGGGCCUCCUGUAUAUAAGGCGCUACCCGGCAACCCAGGCAGUAGCUCAGCACUUCACUCAACUGCGAACAUGUCCGGAGUCUUCCUGCUCCUCUGCGCCUCCAUGCUGGCCUGCACCGCCGCCUUUGACAUAGGAUUAUCCACCAAGUGCGUCACCAUUCCCACAGAGAUGGCCAUGUGCAAUGACGUCGGCUACUCGGAGAUGCGGCUGCCAAACCUGAUGGGACACACUAACAUGGCAGAAGUCGUGCCCAAGUCAGCAGAGUGGCAGAACCUCCUACAAACCGGCUGCCACCCCUAUGCCAGGACCUUCCUGUGCUCCCUGUUCGCCCCAGUCUGCCUGGACACGUUCAUCCAGCCCUGCCGUAGUAUGUGUGUAGCUGUAAGAGACAGUUGUGCUCCAGUUCUGGCAUGUCAUGGGCACUCCUGGCCUGAAAGCUUAGACUGUGACAGGUUCCCAGCUGGGGAAGACAUGUGCUUGGACACUCUCAGCAAAGAGUAUCAGUACUCCUAUAAAGAAUUGCCUAAGCCAAGUUGCCAGGGCUGCCCGCUGAUUGAAGAAUUCUUCUCACACAAGACAGUCUUGGAAGCUUUCUGUGACAAUAAUUUUGCUGUUAAAGUGAAAUUGGCAAAGAAGAAAUCAGCUUCAGGACUUUAUGAAUAUGAGACUGAAGGCCCAGUUGAGUUCAUUAAACAAGGUCUGCUCCUUCCAUAUGACACACGUACCAUGAUUGAACAGUGGCUGCUGAUUAAUGAGAAUUGUGCUCAGAAGCUGAUACGGACCAGACCCACAGUGUAUGUUAUUGCUGGUGACAUCCAUCAUGGCAAGGUUAAAGUCAACAGAAUAUUCCACUGGCAAAAAAAGGACUCUCAGCUGACACUGGCCACAAGGAGGUGGAGACAUCAUAAAUGUUAAUACAACUCUUGUACAUUGUUUGUAAAUAAUCAAGGCACUAUUUUUAAACAAACUGUAAAUAUUUAGUUUAUAUAUAUAUUUUAUAGUUAUAUAUAUAUAUAUAUAUAUAUAUAUAUAUAUAUAUAUAUAUAUAUAUAUAUAUAUUGUAAAAUAGAAAGACCUAUUAUAACAGCUGGAUUGAACGCAUCCCAUUACCAUGCUGUAGAGGAAAAAUUGCAGCAAUUAUAUGAGCAUUGUAGAAACGGAGCAUAUAUUAUAUGUAUAAAUUGAGAAAAUAUUAUAUGUAUAAAUUGAGCAAAUAUUAUAUGUAUAAAUUGAGAGCAUAUUAAAUAUUUAUAACAGA